UCCAUCGUAGAAAAACAACCCACGAACAGAAGCGUUGUGCUGUGGUGCGAAACAAGACGAGCGCGGAAAUCGACGCUGCGGCUGAACAGGGUUCUUCUGUAUUCAUCGACGAUUCGAGCUCUUUUUCGAUCGUCUGCGCCGGAAUCGAGAAAAGAUGGAGGAGUGUGCUGCAGAGCCAUUGCAGGAUGAUGUUCAUGCUCCAACCUCACAGGUUCAGCCUGAAGAAAUUGAGAGAAAAGCUCGGGUGGAUGCAGUAUGGCAGCAAAUGAAUAAAGGAGUUUCUGCAAAGACUCUAAAUUCCAUUUUGCAAAACCAGAGUUCAAUGGCAAAGAAGUCUCCCAAAAAAACUCCUGUAAAGAAGUCGUCGACGGGUUGGAUGUCUUAUCUAGGUUUGGGAUCAAAGACGGCGCCAUUGUCUGUACAAGGAGCGCUGGAAAAGCGCUCGAGCAUUGGUGAAAAUGAGGCCAGUGAGGAAGCAAAAAAACUUGCUGCAGCUGCUUUAUCAGCGGUGAAGGAUGCUGCUGCUAUGGCUGCCACCGGGAGGGGGAAAGUCGAGAUCACUGAAGUUCGGGAUUUUGCUGGUAAGGAGAUUGAAGUAAAGAAAUUCGUCGAUGCAGAUUCAAAAGAGGCAGUCGAGAAGGGUUUAAAAGGUGCAGGCGGUACAGCAUCUGCAGUGGAUGCCGUUCUCGAACAGAUAAAGAAGAAACAGAAACUCAGCGUGCUUGAUAAAACCAAGAAAGAUUGGGGCGAGUUCAAGGAAGAACACAGAGGCAUGGAAGAGGAACUCGAUGCCUACAAGAAAAGUUCAAAUCAAUAUCUGGAUAAAGUGUCGUUCUUGCAGCGAGCUGACUAUCGGGAAUUCGAGCGUGAAAGAGAUGCCCGCCUUGCUUUGCAGGCCAAGCGAAAGACCGAUGCGCCCGGGGAUGACUUCUGAAUGCGGUAUGUGUGUUUCCGCAAAAGACAGUGCGGCUGCCGGAAUUUUUAUGUUUUGUUAAGAUUAAACGACUUAGUCGAAUUGAGCUGAUUUCGAACUACUGUCCAUUAAAAUUAGCUCGCCCGGCAGAUUAAGAAAAAUGAAUAUUUUAUUAGAAAGUUUAACAAGGUCGAAGCUUUGAACUCA